GUGCAGUGUAGUGCGAUACAUAGUGAGGUGUGUGUUCAAUUGUAAAGUUACAAUUUUAGUGGCAAGGACGAAAUCAGCGCAAUAGCCAGCCAAAAUGGCUGCUGCUAACAAACCUUUGCAUUUUGAUAAAAUAUGUCGGGCGUGCUUGCAAAUCAAGAAAGACAUGAGGCCUUUAUUCGAGCAACUUACUGCAACGAUGCUGAUGGGCAUUUCUAAAGUGCAGGUAUCCGUCGGCGACGGCCUGCCCCCCCAGCUGUGCCUACAGUGCGUGCACCAGAUCUCGCGCUGCCACGCCUUCAAGGAGCUCGUGGAACGAAACGACGUGACGCUGCGUGAGCAUGCCAAGAACGCUGCUGAGGAGGCGCGUAACAAUGAGGAGAAAGUCCUGGGCAUGGUCCCGGACACUGCCCAGUACAUCCAGUACAUCGAGCUACCGAUGAACAACACGCCGCAGCUGCUAGAAGGACUGUUUGAACCGCUGCCCGACAAACAGGAAUUUGUUGAUCCCAACAAGCAGAUUGACACACAGCCCAACAAAGAAGAAUCCGGCCUCAACUCCGACGAAGAAAGCUACCUCCAACUAGUAGUCUUCCAAGCCACAUCCUCCGUCGCCCCCGGCAGACACGUGUGUAACCUCUGCCACAAGGAAUUCAAACACGCACGUUGGCUGAAAUUACACAUGCGAUCUCACUCCAACUGGAUCAAGGCCAACUGCAAGAAGCCGCCUAUGUGCCCCAUCUGCGAGAGGACUUUCAAGGGUCCAGGCAUGCUAAAAAUGCACAUGCGAACACACGAGCAGCGGCCGCCCAAGCAGCCAACAUGCUCGGUCUGCCAACGGAACUUCCCCACCAAAACCCUGUUGUACCGUCACCGGCAGACCCACUUCGAACAGAAAACACACCAGUGCUCAGUCUGUGAAAAAAGGUUCUACAGCGGCUACGCGCUACGUUCCCACAUGGCGCGACACCGAGGCGAGCGGCCCUAUGUGUGCUCCAUGUGCUCAAAGAGCUUCUACAACCCGACUGACUUAAAGGUACAUUUCCGUCUCCACACCGGCGAGAAGCCCCUGAAAUGCUCCGAAUGCAACAAGACCUUCCGCCGCCACUCCACGCUCUGCCAACACAUGAAGAAGCACAGAGGCAUCCGUAACCACGUGUGCAAUAUCUGCAACAAGGCCUUCUACGAAGUGUCCAAGCUUAAUGCGCACAUGAGGGUUCAUACUGGUAAGCAAGGGAUUCUAUAGCGCUCUUAAUGUAAC